CUACAUUUGAACAAUGGUUAGUAGCGAAUUCAGAAACUCCCUCCACCAAAAGUUUUUGGAGCGACAGGGCAAACAGAGCCAACGGUUGCGCUUCGAGGACAAACCGGAACACGUGCCCUUCACGCGAAAUGAGCCGCCAAUUCGCCCGUUUCGAAGCAGAAGUCCUCCUGGUAUUGGCCAGCUAGCCGCGCGUUUACGCAACGACAAGACUAUCCUCAAUAAGUACGCCACCACCUCGGUUUUCAGCCAGCCAAAGCCUCUGGGCACGGCUGUCAGACCGCUCAACUUAUCGCCCAUUAAGCGGUUUCGGGACUACGUCCCGGGCAGCUCCUCUCUCUCUCUCAGACCUACCCUCACGUACAAGGCCAGAGUCACGCCGCCGCUACGCCGGUCCCACGUACCAAAUCAGCCACUGUACAGAGUGGCGAAACCUGAACAAAAGCCUGACUCGUCCUUGAAGGCAUCCCUCUUUGACAAGAUUUUCAAGUCGAUCAACCCAUUCAGCUCGAUUAGCACGGAGUCGGAAGCCGAAAGAUUUAAAUACACGGCAGAAAAGCUGUAUGGGGUUAGUACUCAAUCAGAGCUGUCCUCUCAGGCCGAGCCACCUCGAUACACGCAGUCAUACAAACAUUCCUUGGGUAGCCAUCGUUCCGAUCUCCCUCAGUCCUAUCUGGCGGUGAACGCCAAUUCAAUCGCAGAAAUACAUUCGUUGGAACGUGAACGGGAGAGAAUUCGGGCCGAAAGGCGGGAGCUAGAGGAGCUGACACGUGCUCUCCAGCAACAAUACAUGGACGACUUGAAACAAAAGGAGGAGGAGCUAUUGCGGGAAAGACGUGCUCGCAACUUGACAGAGAGCGAGUUGGAGGCGAAAUUGGCGCACCAGAAGCGAGAAAACGAGCUACGCGAGCAACGACUCAAGGAGUCGCUUGACGAAAAGCUUCGGGCGAAAGAAGCCGAGGACGAACAGCGCUACGCCAAACUUAUGGAGACGCUAGAACAGAAGGAACGCCAGCGCCAGGCAGACGAGCGGAUGCGGAUGGAACGCGAUGUGCUCUGGAACGAGCAGCAGGAGAAGUUGGAGCGUGAAAUAAAACGCCAGGCGGCAGAGAGUGAGAGGAAGCUCCAAAAGCUCGAGGAAGAGGCCGAGCGCCGCGAGCGGAAGUUCAAGGAGAUUGAAGAAACGGCCCGUCGCGAGCAGAAGCUCAUGGAGAUCGAAGAAGAGGCAAAGCGCCGCGAGCAAAAGCUCAAGCAGAUUGAUGAGGCAGCACGUCGCGAGCAGAAGCUCAAGCAUAUUGAAGAGGCAAAGCGCCGCGAGCAGAGAGCCCUCAGCAAAAAGCGGUACGAGUUGAGAGAGUUGAUGAAUGAGGCGACUGCUAACAUUAAGACCAAUACCAGUCCCAGGAAGGUGAGGAUUUCUCCUAGGAACACCUCAUCUGAGCGUGCAUCUCAUGCGGAUGAAUACAAACUCCGCUACGAACAGAAAAAGCGCAGUGACAAAGAGUGGUUGAAGCAGGAGUAUGAAGUCCAGCUCGCGGCGUACCUUCCGACGACCGGGUACGAUUUCAAGCGGUUCAAGAUCAAGUUUGAGCGAUCCCAUCUCAAGUACCAGACCGAUGAGAUAAAGCGGAAACAGAAUGAUCACCACGUGCGGUUGCUAGAGCUUGUGGACUCCGUUUCCGACUCGGAGCUUGAACGCUAUUUCAAGGAAGCUGCGACACCCCAACCAGGAACAGCCAAGGGCGAUCCAAACAACGCGGUGUUUGGCGAAAUCAACACCAAGUUGUACGAGGCAUACCAGUACUUGCAAGACUUGCUGAACCGAGGCACUAUAUUGCUCGACGACUACACGACGCUAGCCUUGAUCAAGGAGGACUUGUCGUUGUUCAAGGGGGUGAUAGCCAAAUGGACUGUGAGAGAGGAACUGAAGGUGGACGCAUGUGGGCUUGAGAUCAUGGCUCUUGAAAACGCCUCCAGGCGAGAAAUGCUCGUUCAGCUUAUGGAGAAAUAUAUCCCGGAGCCUCCGUCGAGAGUAACAGCAAAGGAGACUGACCACUUUGAGCAGUGUCUCUCGGCCUUGAAGAAUCUCUUGACGAUGAAUGACCUACAGGAGCAGUUGAUCUAUCUUGAAGAGUUGGUCCGCAGGCUUGAGAAAGACAAUUAUUCUACAAACGGAGAUGUUGACAGCGAGCUUUCCUCAGCAAUGUUGCUCUCGCCGGUUCAGAUCAACUUGCGAGAUUUUUCAUAAAAACUGGGGGGAAACGGCAGAAGUGUGAAAGGUGUGGGUCUAGUAAAACGGCCGUACCUAAAAGUAACACUUACACUGACUUUCAGGGUUCGGGGAAUUCUAGAUACUUUUAAGAGGAAUUAUCAAACCUCAAAUACUUAGGGGUAAAAUCCAUUUUGUAAGCUGUGACUCCCUGUGUCAAUCGCAAUUUAACGUGACAAGCACGGGAUUUGGCAGAUAUCAUUGUUCUA